CCUUCCACCAUCCCUGUAAACUGCACGGACACCGCGAGAGAAGCAGAGCGCCGUUAUCUUUCUAAUCAUGGCCGACGUUCCGCCCAUUAUUAACAUCUCUGUGUAUUUAAAGAUGCAGCCGAACGACGGUCCGGUGUUUUAUAAAGCUGAUGGAACGAGAUUUGGACAGACUAGGACAAUAAAAUUGCUUACAGGAUCGAAAUACAAAAUAGAGCUGGUCAUGACACCGGGGAACGCGGAGGCCACUACUAUGGGAAUCGGCGGGAGCAGCUUUCCUCUGGAGCAACAGUCCAAAGACGACGAAUCCAUUGUUUACCACGGGUUUUACGACACCGAGGGAGUGCCGCAUACCAAAAGCGGGGACAGGCAACCUGUGCAAGUCUCUAUACAGUUCAAGGAUGCCGGGGUCUUUGAGACUGUUUGGCAGGUGAAGUACUACAACUACUACAAGCGCGAGCACUGUCAGUUUGGCAACAAAUUCAACUGCAUCGAGUACGAGGCAAAGCCAAACGAAACGCGAAGCCUGAUGUGGAUCAACAAGGAGAUCUUCCAGUAGCAGACUGCCGCCAUAGCAACAGCUGCCUCCACCACAGCACAGCGGUGCUACAGCCAUGGGGGCCGGAACCAUCACUGGGCAGUUUACUUUCUGGACUGAGGUUUCGGUGGUUGAAGGAAUAUAUUAGCCAAAAAUGCUAAAAUGGGGACCUAUUUUACCUGUUUUGUUUAUAUAAUAGUAACUUGGCCCCACUAACGUCCAUUAAGAUGUUCCAUUCUAAUAGAUGUAUUAGCAUUUCUGGAUGACAUAUUCCUCUAACAGAAACAAGAGAUGGCCUCCAAACAAUUGGAUCAGUACUACUGAGUUUCAGAACAAUAUCAGAACUGGACUGAAAUUAAGUGCUCAGCAUUCACAUGUUCUCUAUCUGUGUUGUUGAUUAUGCAUGUCUUAAUUGUUUUGUUGAUCCAGAUUGUAUUUCCUUUGAGGUCCCAGUGUAGUGAUUAUAUGAACAGACACUCCUUGAUGCUAAAAUAUAUUUGCACUACGACUCUUUUGUGGCACAAGGCUGUUUCAGAUAGUACAAAAAAACGCACAAAAAACGCACAAAGAAAAAAACCGCAAUUAUGUUCUUUCUCUCCAAUCCAUAUCAAAUACCAAACAUAUGCAUCACAGUAGAACUCUCAUUCGCUGUUUUUUCCAGAUGUGUGGUGAAUUAGGAGGGAGGCACCACUGCUACUAAGGAAGAGUCAGGGAAGAGCGGAUGAGUAUGGAUUUUGGACUAGCCCAAGGUCACAGCCACAUAUAUUUCAGUACCUUUUCUACUCCAUCAUGGAAUCAAAUCUAAUGAAACUUCUUUUUGAACCAUCGUUUCUUAGCUGAUUGUGCGUUACUGCAGGUGUACAGGUACUCCAGUGUUUUUGCUGUACUAAUUGGGCAGUGCUCAAUAAUGCUUGCGGGUGCUCUCUCACUAUAUUAUAUCUAUAGUUGAACCUAUUUAUUAAUGUAAAGUAACGUGAUAAAGAAUGGACCAAUCAAUUGACAUUGUGAUCUCCCUUUGGGUCUGGCACUGAUAAUAAUUUCUUUGUGAGUGGUAUGUGUAUUUAUAUAUUGUGUGAAAGAAUAUUUUAACUUGUCAUUUAUAUUGCUUUUUAUGGUUGGUUGUUGUUUUUUAAGUUGGCUGACUCUUCAGGCCACAAACAUGAUGUACUGAAGGGGCCACUGCACUUUCUGUUUGCGUGUAUCACCUGAUGAGCGAUAAAUACAGCUGAUACAAAAGGAUGCACAAAGCCAGCAGUUGUCAAAGUCAUCAGUAAAUUACAGUUCAUGUUUCAAUUUAGAUGCCGUGGUACAAAUGUUCCUUCAAAGGUACCUUCUUGCUACUGGUAAAUGCACUCACUAACCUCCCUUGAGUGACGCUAGGAGAGAGUGUUGUGGGUGCAGAAAAUACAAUGCAUCAAUUAUGAAGUUGCUUUUAAAACUCAGCAGAACCAGGACAGUUGAAGUGGACAUUUAUUUCAGAGUUAUUAAAGCAAUUUAUAACUUA